AGAUAGCAUUAUGGAACUUAUGGGGUGGCGUUACUGCGUCGUAUGUGGCCAGGUAAGGUUCUCCUCUGUUGUUAUGGAGAAGCCUUUCCCUUCCACCAUUUAUCAGAGGGCGAAUGUAUAUAAAAGGAGACAGCAGCUUCAUGCCACAUUGUACUUGAACGUGGAGCGUCGGAGCGACAACUCCUCAAGCCAUAACACCGCCUUAUUCUACCUUGCAACCUUCCCAGCCACACAGCAACAAUGAAGUUAAAGAUGACCGCAGUGUCGCCUACAACUCGCCCCAAACUGACCCUUUCGAAUCCGGAACUAGAGAGAAAAGUAAUGGAAUGUUUGUCCCCUCUGGUAUUAACUGAGGAUCAGCAGCAGAAAGUAAGAGAGGUGUUCCUGGACGAGAUGCGCCUUGGUCUUGCUGCUAACCCAGAGAGAACAUCCUCACUCCUCAUGGAAAACACCUUCAUUCCUGAGCUCCCAGACGGCACAGAGAAUGGAGAAUACCUGGCUCUGGAUCUAGGUGGAACCCAUUUUCGGGUAAUAUAUGUUCGCAUGAAAAACGGAAGAUUUUCAGAGGAGGUUGUUGACUACUUCCAUGUUCCUUCUGAAAAGCGUCUUGGGCCUGGUCAGGAUUUGUUCGAAUUUCUGGCUGACUGUAUUGCUGAAUUUGUUCAAAAGAGGAAUCUAGGAGGUCGAAAUUUUCAAUUAGGGUUUACCUUCUCUUUUCCAAUGACACAAAAGAGCCUUGAUGUUGGGAUCUUAGUUUCAUGGACCAAGUCAUUCAAUUGCCCUGGAGUUGUUGGUGAGGAUGCAGUUAAGAUGCUCAAUGAUGCCAUACAUAAAAGAAAAGAUUUGGAUAUUACAGUCAAAGCCAUCCUCAAUGAUACUACUGGAACUUUGGUAAUGGGCGCAUACAUGGACAAACGCUGCGCUCUGGCGAUGAUCCUAGGAACAGGAUGCAAUGGUUGCUAUAUAGAAAAGGUUGAACGUAUUGAGAAAUGGCUUGGAAAGCACCUUGAAUCUGAGAUGAUUGUGGACAUUGAAUGGGGUGCAUUUGGAGAUAAUGGUGUUCUUGACUUCAUCAAAACUGACUGGGACAGAGCUGUUGAUGACCAGUCGCUACUUGUCCACUCUUACACGUUUGAGAAAUACUUUGCAGGAAAAUAUUUAGGUGACUUGUAUCGGGAGAUACUGUUAACACUGACGAAGAAAGGACUCAUGUGUGGCGGCAAAAUUGGGAACCUUCACACCCAUGGGGCCAUCACUACAACAAGUGUUUCACGUAUUGAGAGUGACACUUUCAAAGGCUUGCUGGAGGAGACGAAGAUGGUGCUUAAUGACGUGAAGCUGAACCAUGAUGAUGAUGACCUGCACAUAGCCCAGUAUGUUGCUGGUAUUAUAUCAUACAGGGGGAUCACCCUUGUAUCUCUUAUAACUGGUAUACUGCUCGAGAGAAUGCAGCGUAACCACUGCACUGUAGCUAUUGAUGGGUCUUUGUUCAAACACCACCCAAGAUUCCGUCCACUUAUGGAGAAGCUCAUUUCCGAGUUUGCCCCUGGCAGAUCGUUUGAUCUUCGGCUGGCACACGAUGGGUCAGGAAAAGGCGCUGCUCUGGCUGCUGCUAUCGCUGAGAGACUAGAGCAAAAGAGGUCAUUGACUAACUCUAACUAACUAACUUUUGCUUUCAAAGAGAUUUUCUAACGUAAGCUUUAUAUUUCCUUGAAUUUUUUAUGCAUAUUUGUAUGUUAUGGUUGCUAAUGAGACUUCAGUAUUGUACAGUACAUAAUUUAUAUUUAGGAAAUGCUGAUAUUGAGAAUAUACUUUAUUUUUUAAAUAAAUUUUGUAUUAGUUAUAA